CUCCACGUUUCAAAUGCAAAUAGGGAGAAAGAUUGUUUCCCGCCCCACCCCCUAGCCCGGCUCCUGAUUUUUAUCCAAAGGACUCCAUCUGUAUAUCCUGUCAAGGAGGAGGAGGAGAAGAAGCGGGGGGGGGGGGGGGGGGGGAGGUAGUGGGGCCGGGCAGGCUGCUUGCUCCCUGGAUCCCGCUUCAAUAGCCACCACUGGUCUUCGGAAGGUACAAAGAGUCCCUGUGCCGCCUCCGCGCGCCCUCGGACGGAGCUGGCAGCCGGCUCCAGCCACCCAGCCGUGAUAUCCCCUGCCCAGAGCAGCAUCCCCACCUCCUCUGCUUUCUCCCUCCCUCCCCGCUCCUUCCCUCCCUCCUCUUCCUCCUCCUCCCGCAGCCACGAUCCGCACCCAGUCGGAGCUGGGCUUGGCACCGGCACCCACUUCUCCCAUCGUGUGCCCAGCGGCUGCCUGUGCAGUGCCGCGCCGUGCCGUGGAGGAGGAGGAGCGGAGCAGCGGCAGCGCUCCCAUCUCCGCGGGUGCGGGCGAGUGCGCGGGCGGGCGCGCAGCCCCCAUGCCCGGUGGGCGCCCCGCCGCCCGCUGCCCGCCCCCCCCCGCUCGGGAGCAUCCCGCCAGCACUUCGCCGCGGAGGCGCCGUCAGCCCUUGGAAUUAAAAUACUCACCACGCUGGGCAGCCGAGGGGAAGGGGGAGCAGGUACCCAUUACACCAUUUCUUUGGUGAAGGCUAUUCAGCAGUGGUGACAUCUUCCAAUCGGCCACUCUGCAGAUUAUUAUCUCUGGACUCCCAGCUGACACCCUGCCGGAGGCUAGAGCUACAGAGACAACUGGAAUUGUGCCUGCUGUGGUCAAGGUUUUUUCAUUCACCGAGGAAAAAAAAAAAAAAAAAGAUGAAGUUGGGCAAAGUGGAGUUUUGCCGUUUUCUUCAGAUACUAGCUCUUUUCCUGUGUCUUUCUGGGAUGAAUCAAGCAGAGAUCACAAGGUCCAGGUCAAAGCGCUCUUUUCAAUCAGGGAGGACGAGAACCAAACGGAGCUGGGUGUGGAAUCAGUUCUUUGUGCUGGAAGAAUACAUGGGUACAGACCCACUCUAUGUAGGAAAGCUUCACUCUGAUGUUGAUAAAGGAGAUGGUUCCAUCAAAUACAUCUUGUCAGGCGAAGGGGCAAGUUCCAUUUUCAUUAUUGAUGAGAACACGGGGGAUAUUCAUGCUACAAAAAGGCUGGAUCGAGAAGAGCAGGCCUACUACACGCUCCGAGCACAAGCUCUAGAUAGGCUGACUAAUAAACCUGUGGAGCCAGAGUCUGAGUUCGUCAUUAAGAUUCAGGACAUCAAUGACAAUGAGCCAAAAUUUCUGGAUGGUCCCUACACUGCUGGAGUUCCUGAGAUGUCUCCUGUGGGUACCUCUGUGGUUCAAGUGACAGCCACGGAUGCAGAUGAUCCCACUUAUGGCAACAGUGCUCGAGUUGUUUACAGCAUAUUGCAAGGACAGCCUUACUUCUCUGUGGAGCCCAAAACAGGUGUUAUCAAGACUGCCCUUCCGAAUAUGGACAGAGAAGCCAAGGACCAGUACCUGUUAGUUAUCCAAGCAAAGGACAUGGUUGGGCAGAAUGGGGGAUUGUCAGGGACUACAUCUGUAACUGUCACCCUGACUGAUGUUAACGACAACCCGCCCCGCUUCCCACGCAGAUCAUAUCAGUAUAAUGUUCCAGAGUCGUUGCCAGUGGCUUCUGUGGUGGCCAGAAUAAAAGCUGCAGAUGCAGAUGUUGGACCUAAUGCUGAAAUGGAGUACAAGAUUGUGGAUGGCGAUGGUUUGGGAGUGUUCAAAGUUUCUGUUGACAAAGACACCCAGGAGGGAGUCAUAACUAUUCAGAAGGAGCUGGAUUUUGAAGCUAAGACAAGCUAUACCUUGAGGAUAGAAGCAGCCAAUAUGCAUGUUGACCCUCGUUUCCUGAGUCUGGGGCCCUUCAGUGACAUGACAACAGUGAAGAUAAUUGUAGAGGACGUUGAUGAACCACCUGUGUUUACCUCACGUCUGUACUCCAUGGUGGUGUCUGAAGCAGCAAAGGUUGGCACUAUCAUUGGAACUGUAGCAGCCCAUGAUCCUGAUGCCUCAAAUAGUCCUGUCAGAUAUUCAAUAGAUCGAAACACAGAUCUGGAGCGGUAUUUCAAUAUUGAUGCCAACAGUGGAGUCAUUACAACUGCCAAAUCUUUGGACAGGGAAACUAAUGCUGUUCAUAAUAUCACAGUUUUGGCCAUGGAAAGUCAGAAUCCAGCACAGAUUGGGAGAGGCUAUGUAGCCAUCACAAUCCUUGACAUCAAUGAUAAUGCCCCUGAGUUUGCCAUGGAGUAUGAGACAACUGUCUGUGAAAAUGCUCAGCCUGGUCAGGUGAUCCAAAAAAUUAGUGCAAUUGAUAAGGAUGACCCACCAAAUGGCCAUCAGUUCUACUUCAGUUUAACAGCAGAAGCAGCAAAUAACCAAAAUUUUACACUGCAGGACAACAAAGAUAAUACUGCAACAGUAUUAACCAAAAGAAAUGGGUUUCGAAGACAGGAACAGUCUGUUUUCUACUUGCCAAUAUUCAUAGUGGACAGUGGAUCACCUUCACUUAGUAGCACUAAUACUCUCACCAUCAGGGUCUGUGAUUGCGAUGCAGAUGGUAUUGCUCAGACAUGCAAUGCAGAAGCAUAUAUCUUGCCUGCAGGACUUAGCACUGGAGCCCUGAUAGCAAUAUUGGCUUGUGUCUUGACACUGCUAGUUCUUGUCUUGCUGAUUGUCACCAUGAGGCGACGGAAAAAAGAGCCCCUCAUUUUUGAUGAAGAGAGAGAUAUCAGAGAAAACAUUGUCAGGUACGAUGAUGAGGGUGGGGGAGAAGAAGACACGGAGGCUUUUGAUAUGGCUGCCUUGAGGAACCUCAACAUCAUGCGAGACACCAAGACCAGAAGGGACGUGACACCUGAGAUUCAGUUCUUGAGCAGACCGACCUUUAAAAGUAUCCCAGAUAAUGUCAUUUUUAGGGAAUUUAUUUGGGAAAGACUAAAAGAAGCUGACGUGGACCCCUGUGCGCCGCCCUACGACUCCCUGCAGACGUACGCAUUUGAGGGGAACGGCUCGGUGGCGGAGUCGCUCAGUUCUUUAGAUUCCAUCAGCUCAAACUCUGACCAGAACUACGAUUACCUCAGUGACUGGGGCCCUCGUUUUAAAAGGCUUGCAGAUAUGUAUGGGACCGGACCAGAAUGCUUAUAUUCCUAGCCUUGGAACCUCUCUCUGAAAAUGCACUGAAGAAUAUUAAAACAGAAAACUUAACCUAACAGACUGAGGAAAGUUGUAAAUAUUUUCCCAUUUUUAAAAUUUUAGGUUGUUGGUUUGGUUUUUUUUUUCUGCCUUGGUGGAACAUAUCUUCAUUGGACUUGUCCUAGGGACUGCACUGACCACACAGAAUAUGAGCAUUUGGUGGCAUUUUUGAUAAAAUGAAAUGCUCAGCCACGUUCAAAUAGAUAGCAACCCUCAAGUACCUGCAGAGGCAACUCACUUUCAAGAGUAUGUUAUGCAGUCACCUCAGUGAGCUGGUGAUACUCUGUAGAUGCCUUCAUAAUAUUACUGUAUUGGGAAUACAGAGUCUGUGUUUUAAGAAGAAAUAAAUUUUCAACUAUAUAACUCAAUACAAUAUUACACUACAUUGUAUUUACACAAGCAAGGGUUUUUUUAGUAAAUUUUCUUUACUAUGUGCAUACAGCUUUCUAGAACCAAACCAGAAAGACUGAUGAAAACAAACAAAAGUCCAGGAAAUGUUUUUUGUGUUUCUCAUCAGUUUCUUCUGAGCUACUUAAUUAGAAAUCUCUGUAAUUGUCUGGGUAGUAUUUGAGAAAUUAUUGUUUGUACUAAGAAAUUCCACAGUAUGUCAUCAACUUACAAAGUAGAUUAAAAUCCACAUAAAAUGAUAAAUAUGGAGGUGUAGUCUUAUGGAUGGGAAGUUUUGUGAUGCCCAUGUAGGUAUAGAAAAGGUGUUGCUAUCUAUUUGCUAUUUUUUUAUUCUCUCUUCUGAUUUGUACAGGAGAAUUUAUCCUUUUUUAUUAUUGUUUGACAUAAAGUGUUAUAUUUAUUUUGGAACUCCAAUCUCCACUAAAUUCAGGUCCAUUUUACUGCCUCAUGGUUUUAGACUUCUCAGAACAUGCUGAUUUUUCUCCAGUCUCAGAUAAAUGUAGGAAAUGAAGCAUGGAAGUGGAGAAAUUACAGUAAACAAGGCUACCCACCAUUCAUCUCACAGAAAGGGGAGCAGCUCCAAGGAUGUGCAGUUGUUCUUCUGAGCCAUUACAAAGUCUGAGACAUUUAAAGAAGAUAUUUGUACAUUGAAUUUUUUGAAAGGAGACUACAGAGGUAGCUGGGAGUGUCUUUAAUGCAAGAUUUAAUUUUCAAGGUUAAACAUGCUAUAUGCUUCAAAGACUGUAAACACCUCGAUCUUCUCCUUCCCUUCUCUUUUGCUGCUGAUGAAUCACAGUAAAAGAUUUUUCUAUUUCUUUCUUAUGUUAAGCAAUGUAAUACUAUUAACUUCAGAGGUCAUCUUUAGAUCCUGCUGCACAUAAGUAUUAUUUCCCCAAGGUGUUAACUCACUACAAGUAAUUUCUAUGCUGGUUCAGGAGUGCCAAAAUGGAAGGACAACUAUUGUUGGCUAAUAUGCUGUAUGAUUUUGAAGUAGGUUUUCUUAGAAUAAGACAACUUUUUUAAUGGUUCUGACAAUAUUUAUACUUCAUCUUUCAUGAUUUAUUACUAGAUAAUAAGACAUAUAUUCAAGUAAAAUAGUGGGUUUAGGUAUUAUUUCAGAUUUUUUUUUUGUUUUAGAUAAAAUGUAGAUGAGUUCCUAAAUUAGAGUCUGUUCCUGCAAAUUUUUUGCUUGUACCUAACUUGAAAUUACUUGAUCUGCCUGCAAUUAUUGAGAGGUACACUGAAUUGUUUACAAAACUGUGUUUGUGAAUAGAAGGUGCCCCACAGAGGAUGAUGCUCACUCUAAAAGUACUUCUUUCUGAGAGAAUGAUCCUUGUACUGAAAUCCUGAUAUAUGAGUGAUGGGAGGCUGGGGGAUGGGAAAUUAUCAUUAAGGCUCUGUAAUUUUUGCAGCCCAGCAUUAUCAGUUAAUUAUGUGAAAGUGGCCUUCAGCUCCAACAGAAAAGAAAAAGAAUUUUAAUCAUCUACAACAUACUUAAUUUGAGUUACAUGUUAAUAGACAAUCAUUGUUUCAUAAUUCAGUAGAUUUGCUUCUAGUUGUAUGAAAUAUAUAUAUAUAGGCAUAUAUAUAUAUAUAUAUAUAUGACAGAUUUUGUAAUGGAACUGAAAGAUAUCGUCCAUGACUUUUAGUCAUACAUGUAAGAUUUUCAAUAAAAAUAUUAAAAAAUAGGAAAAAAAUAACCAUGUGUAUACAGUUUAAUGAGAGCAAGAUAUGCUGCAGAAUAUAAGCAGGUAUUAAAUCAGAAAGGUUCUGAAAGAACAGUUUUUUGUUAAUCUUCUUGUUCUUUGUGGGAAGAUAAUUCAUGCAUGUGGAUUAAGAUGUCAAAAAUGCUGAUUUUAGCACAUAACAUUCACAGGAGAUUUAAAUGUGGUUUAGAGUAAACAGCCCAAUUUCUUUGGUUUUCUACCUUCUGCAUCUGUAAAACCCCUCAAAACCUCCACUAUUAGGUAACUAUGUUAGUGUGGGGUUUUUUUGAUGUGCUUUCUACAACAAAAAAAACCAAAAACAAAA